GAAGCAGCCGGGGGAGGGAUGAGGCGCGGGAGAAGAAGAGGGAAGAUGGCGAUCGAGGGGCCUGGGCAUCAUCCGCCGCUAACCCUCGUGCCGCUGCUGAUGAGCGUAGCGGCGGUGUUGAUCUCACACCACGUCUUCAGCGCCGCGGCACAGAUUCCAGACCCAGAGCUCCUGCCAACAGACCCACCGAAGAAGCCGGAUCCGGUCACCUCAGAAACUGUGGUGUUUUGGGGUCUCCGAUUGUGGCAGGUUAUUGGCAUUUUCUCCAUGUUCAUCCUAGCAAUUAUAAUAACGCUGUGCUGCAUCUUCAAAUGCCGGAUUCCACGAACGAAGAAAGAGAUCGAGGCUCGGAACGUCCAAAGACAAGCGGCGAAGACGUACGCCAACACACUGGAGACGGUGCCCCUCAACGAGCUGACGGACGUGCCGGGAGCGGCGAAGCCGGCGGAGAAGGAGGAGGUGCCAACCGUCGCCGGGAAGAUGGACGCCGACAAGGGGAACAAGAAGAAGGAGAAAGACGGCAAAAAGGAAGGCAAGGGUGCGAAAGAAGGGAAGGCAGAGGAGAAGGAGAAGGAGGAAGCCCCGAAGAAGAAAGGGGAGAAAGGCACAUCGAAGAAAGAGGCAUCGGACGCAGGAGGGAAAGGCAAAAAGGGAGGAGAAGAGAAAGGAGGGAAAGGAGGAGGAGCCAAAGGCAGUGAAGCCAAGAAGCCUGCGAAGAAGUGAACAUCACUGUGUGUGCUAAACUUUUUUAAUUGCUUUUGUAAGACACUUUA